ACCUGUGUGGGCCGAGCCGCGGAGGCGAACCUGCCACCCACCACCUCCUCCGCCGCCGACAGCUCAUCAUCGACAGCGAGAGCCCGCCCCGCACUGCAAGCGGCAGCACCACCCCGCUCGCGCGUGGCAUCAUUACCCUCCCGCACCUCAGCGCUCCCUGUUGACUCCCUCUCCUCCCUGCCUGCCAAGAAUCGAUCCCACUAGCUUCCUCCCCCAUCCUCUCGAUCCAUCUCCGUUCCUCCCGAGCCGCGGAGCGUGGUGACUAAUGGGGGCGGGGAGGGCGCCGGCGCUGGCCCUGGCGCUCGCCUUGCUUGUCUCCUGCGCCGAUGUUGCCGUUGUGACGGCGCAGGACACCGAGCGGAUCGAAGGAAGUGCUGGUGAUGUGCUGGAAGAUGAUCCUGUUGGGAGGCUCAAGGUAUAUGUCUACGAGUUGCCCACCAAGUACAACAAGAAGAUGGUGGCCAAAGAUUCUAGAUGCCUCAGCCACAUGUUUGCGGCAGAGAUUUUCAUGCACCGCUUCCUAUUGUCGAGUGCGAUCCGGACUUUAAAUCCAGAAGAAGCUGAUUGGUUCUAUACCCCAGUAUACACGACAUGUGAUCUUACCCCGUGGGGUCAUCCCUUGCCCUUCAAGUCUCCACGAAUAAUGAGAAGUGCAAUACAGUUCGUUUCCAAGCGUUGGCCCUACUGGAACAGGACGGAGGGAGCAGAUCAUUUCUUUGUUGUGCCACAUGACUUUGGUGCAUGCUUCCAUUACCAGGAAGAGAAGGCUAUUGAGCGAGGAGUCCUUCCAUUGCUUCGCCGUGCUACACUGGUCCAGACUUUUGGGCAGAAGGAUCAUGUAUGCCUCAAGGAAGGCUCCAUCACCAUCCCGCCAUAUGCUCCUCCUCAGAAAAUGAAAACUCACCUUGUUCCCCCAGAGACCCCUCGGUCCAUCUUUGUCUAUUUUCGUGGUUUAUUCUAUGAUACCGCAAAUGAUCCUGAGGGUGGUUACUAUGCAAGGGGCGCCCGUGCAUCAGUAUGGGAGAACUUCAAGAACAACCCCCUGUUCGACAUUUCGACGGACCACCCACCAACCUACUAUGAGGACAUGCAGCGUGCUGUCUUCUGCUUGUGCCCACUGGGCUGGGCCCCAUGGAGCCCCCGUUUGGUGGAGGCUGUGGUGUUCGGCUGCAUCCCAGUAAUUAUCGCUGAUGACAUCGUGCUUCCCUUUGCGGACGCGAUCCCAUGGGAGGAGAUUGGUGUCUUUGUGGCCGAGGACGACGUCCCGAAGCUGGACACUAUCCUGACAUCCAUACCAAUGGAGGCGAUCCUUCGGAAGCAGAGGCUGCUUGCGAACCCGUCGAUGAAGCAGGCCAUGCUGUUCCCGCAGCCCGCCCAGCCAGGUGACGCCUUCCACCAGAUCCUGAACGGGCUGGCACGGAAGCUGCCGCACGGCAAGGACGUGUUCCUGAAGCCUGGGCAGAAGGUGCUGAACUGGACCGAGGGCCCCCGGGGUGACCUGAAGCCGUGGUAGGUAGUGGCAUGGCACCAUCGCCAUGGCUGCUGUCUUUGUGUACACAACACAACCAGAGGAGAGGCCGAUUAAUGACGACGAUGAUGAGUAAGCCACGCCACUAAAUGUAAAGCUCCUUCCCUUCCUCCUACUACCUUGCUUCUUUUUGAGGCAAUGUGCCUGCCUUCCCUUUAUGACAAUGUCUGUUUCUUUGUUGUAGUUCUUAGCCUAUUAUAGAUGGUGGAUCAUGUAAUGUAUGACCGUUGUAUUAUAUCAUACAGUUGCCAAUUUACGAUGGGGGAGAAUAAGGUUAAACUCCUAUCCAGAAACCUGCUAA